GGGAAGAGACGCUGGGAUAUCGCCCAGCAACAACAACAACAACUACCACAACAACAACUACCACAACAACAGCAACUACUACCACUACUACUACCUUGAUUGACGACGGGAGGAGAAGGGCACGGUGGGUUCACGGCUCUGCAAGCACCAGCAGCAGCAGCUGCAAGCAAUCAGCAGCAGCAGCAGCAGCAGGAGCAGCGAGAACUUGCCGGCCACAUGUCGCUGCGAUGUGUCGCGUUGCUGUUUCUCGCCUCCGUCUCCUUUCAAGGCGUCGAAGCGGCGAUCUCCGUGGCGGUGACCCCGCUGGUCGAGGUGGAACUGGGAAGUCCGCUGGUGAUCCCCUGCACGGUCACCAGCUCCGUGGGCGACGAGGUGGUCACCCAGUGGUUCAUCAUUUCACAAUCUUCUCGAACGAGGAUCUCGUACCGUGACGCGCGACGCUUCGUGGCGGACGUGGGCACCGGCUACGAGAGCCGCAUCGACACUCAGCGCAGCGACUCCGCGCUGGCGCUGAGCGCGACGGUGGCCGCUGACGAGCGCGACUUCGUCUGCCAGGCGCUGGCGGGGCGCGCCGGCGUGGCCGAGGCCACCGCUAGCGUGCGGGUGUUUUCGGCCCCCACGGUGGCCGUGGUGGCGACCCAGAUGCCCGUGAUGCUCACCCAGCAGCAGCAGCAGCGCCACCACAAGGGAGCUGUCAGCCAUUUGGAGUCGGCCCCACUCAAUUAG